AUGCCGAGGGCCCCGGCGGGGUCCGUCCGCACUCGGCCAGUGCCCAGGGAGCUCGGGCCCUAGCGAGGAGAGGCGCGCCAAGCCUCCUCGCGGCUUUCAGGGCGGAGCGGAGCUUCUAGCCUCUCCGCCCGGGUUUCCCGGGGGCCUGCAGCUGCCGCUCAGAAACCGCCGGUCCCUUCUGCAGGUCUUCCCGCCCAGGCGCCGCCUGCGGACGCAGUGCCAGAGACCCGCCGACGGGGCGCGGCGUCCGCUCCCGCACCUGCCCUGCUCCCACAAGGCCGGAUAGCCGGCGCGAGCAAUUCACUAAGAUCUGACGGAGGGAUGGAGGAAGACGCUUCUCUCGCACGGCCCGGAAUCCUGCAACAGCCGCGGAAGGGGCUGCGCCUGGGGAUCCCGGCGGCCGGGUCCUGCCAGGUGAACGGCCCAGGGGCCCGGAGGCAGGCAGCCCUUCUCGGGCGCGAUUCAGCUGGCCCCGUGUUGCCGUGGGCUGCCCCGAACCGGGUCCCGCGGUGCCCUUUCCUGGCGGGGCCCUGAAAUACACACCGGAUUCCCGCCCCGCGCGAGGACCGAGGAACUGAGCCCGCUGCAGCCUUCUCCUGUGGGCCUUUCGUGCGCAAGGCGGGAAAAGGAAGCCUGGAUGCGUUCAUCAGUACAUCCCUACACAACUGCACGCCUCACCUCUGCACAGCCAUGCUGCUGGACCUUAGGCUAGGACACAGGACACCUUCCUGGUUCCCUGAUCAUGGUGAGGACCUGAGUGAAACAUUUAAACUAAACUUUACUGGUAAUAGAAUGGCUUUGCAUCUGCAGCAGCCAGCUAAAUGUAAGGCCUGCUGUCUGGAGUCCCAAAUGAAGAAGCCGAGGUGCACAGAAGUUAAGGAACUUGCUGAAGGCCCCCAGCCAAUAAGUGGCAGCUUGACUUUGGAGCCCUGUGUUUCACCUCUGCACAUGUGCCUCUAUUUGCCCGGGCAAGAUCAGGAAGGCCUUCCUUCCAUCUGCCCGAACCUAGCUGUUAUUUAUGAGACCUGUUUCCUAUAA